CAAGGAACGAACGAUGCCAGUGGGGGCGAAGGACGCACUGCUGCUGUGCGCAGCCGGCGUGGCCCUGGCGCGGCUGCUCUCAUGGAAGUGGAAGACAUCGAAUGAAUGUGUAUGUGUGUGGUGCAAGCGGAAGUCCCCAAAGCGAAUCAUCUUAGUUCGCCAUGGGCAAUCCGAAGGCAACGAAAACCCAGACCUGUAUCGAGUGACGCCUGACAACGCGAUGCACAUGACCGGGCUCGGAAGGCUCCAGGCCAGGGCAGCAGGGAAGUGCAUGAAGGAAAUCAUCGGGAACGAAUCCGUGAGGUGCAUCGUGUCUCCAUGCGUUCGAACCAUCGAAACGUUUGAAGAGAUUUUGAGCGCGUGGGGCGAAGAUGCCCACCACAUUCCAUGGACCGAAGAGCCGCGCAUCCGAGAGCAGGACUUUGGUAACUUUCAAGACCCGGAGCAGAUUCGCCAGUGCAAAUCGCAGCGCCGCAAGUUUGGCAGCUUCUUUUAUCGAUUUCCCAGUGGCGAAUCUCCUGCUGGUACAUACUUCUUCGUACUGUACUCACUCAUCUUGACCGACUCGUGUGAUCUUAGACGUGUUCGACCGCAUUUCGUCGUUCUUGGAAUCCCUCCAUCGCAUGUUCGCGCGACAUCCGCAGCAAAACUACAUCUUGGUCACCCAUGGCGUGACCAUCCGCGUGCUGCUCAUGCGUUACUUUAAGCUCCCCAUCAGCCACUUUGACCAAAUGGAGAACUUCCACAACGCAGAGUUCAUCGUGCUCGAGCAUGUCGGGUGCAGCAGCUCGUUCAAGAUGGUCAAACUCGUCCACGCCAACGUCAACCCCGACACGAAAGAGGCCGCUCCGGUCGUGUCUCCCUGUCUCCGUCUGCGGGACUGUGGCGCCGUCACGCAGUCCAAGUACGCGUCGUCGUUUGAAAAGGAAGCGUUGUACUAACAGUAGAGAUGUUUUAUUGGUGGAAAAGUGCAAAAUUAAAGAAAUUAGCCAAUGAAUUU